UGUGAACAAGGAUUAACUUGGUGUGAUGGAAACAAUAUCCCCAAAAGUAGAAUAGAUUAUGUAUUUAUUUCAGAAUAUUCAUGCUUACCAUUGAAUAAUAUAUAUUUAAGAAAAGCACCCAACGUAGAUAAUAACAGGUUAAGGGACUCCAAUCCUCAGCAAUGUUUGGUAACUCGCGUAAAAUCCGGAAAAAGUUUAUUCGUAUCAUAAAUUCCGGCAUUUAUAUUUUUUGGAACUCUUCUUUGAAAAAAGAAUAAGAAUUCACAGAUGUAAACAAACGGAAAUGGAGGGGAAUUGUAUACGAGAAAGAGAUAAGAAAGGUCGGUUCAAGAAAGCCUCGUCUACUGCUACUACAACCAUUAGCACAUGUACCGAUGCAAAUAACAACCACCCUGACUUCAUCGAUGUCUACAGCGAAGAUACACUAGCACAGGUAGAUGAAUAUGAUGAAAAUAAAGAGACAUUUGAACUGUUCCAAGGCAGAAGAGUUGUUGAAUUUUCAAUUCUGGUGGAUCAUUUGCAAAGAGGGUGCUUUCUGUGUCAUACGCCUUUGGAUCUUGUUGACUGUGAGAAAGAGAGACGUUAUGGACUAGCCAGCUUACUGUAUGUGAGAUGUAGUAAGUGCGACGAACUGACGAUCAUUCCAACUGGUAAACAUACUUUUUCAGGAUUAUCAGCUGACAUCAUUCAACUGGCAGCAAGGUGUGGAGAAACUGAAUUCAAUCAGUAUGUUUUUCCAACAACCAACAUCAAUCCAGUGACAUCAAAGAUCACAGGACUAACUUUUGAUGGUACAUUGCUGUACAAGAAUGGCAUUCCUUUACUAGCUGUUUCUCUAGAGAAGUGCUUGGUAUCAUUCUUUGAUUGGCUGAAGAAUUCUGGUAUCAAUGAUCCAGUGUUGUUUGCUCAUAAUGGAAGGAAGUUUGACAGUCUUAUUUUUGGUAGAUCUGUUCUGGAUAGUGGGAAAGACGAAUAUGGAAAGAUUAUUUGUGGGUUUUGUGACACCUUGCCAAUGCUGAAAGAACAUGCAUCAGGAACCCAUCUGAACUUUUCUUUGGAGACUUUGGUAAAGGAUAUUCUUGGGUGCACUUUUAGUGCACAUGAUGCAGUUGAAGACUGUAGAUAUCUCCAGAAAGUUGACUAGGUUUCAAACAUCUGCAGAUAGCACAUCAGAGAAGAGGCUAUGAUGGGAUACACAGCUUAUUUACAGAGAAUUUUCAGGGCAAGCCCAGGAUUACAAAGCGCACAUCUAUCAUUACUGCUGUGUUCAAAUUCAUGGAAGAGAGAUAACUCUACAUUCUGAAAAUUGAUGUCAUAUUGAUUUCAGUCAUUAUCUUUUAUAUUUUACUGGAUACAAUGCAAUUUAUUUUUAUUUUUGUAAUCCUUUCACCCAAUGGAUAUUUUGUUUAGGCAGCAAACAAGUCAACAUACAGUAUAUGAAAUACAAUUUGAUGAAACUGA